CCAGACGGGGGAUGGUGCAAAAGACAGAAAAGCAAAGCAAGCGUUUCAUUUGAGGUCAGCUCAGACAUGGAGAAGAGAGCACAGAAACAAAGAGGAGGUGAGAGUGUCCCGGUGGAGAGCGCGGUGCAGUGGGCAGAGGCUGAGGUGCUGGCCCUGAUGAAAGUGUGGAGCGAAUUAGGGCCCCGAGAGGAGAGCAGAGCCACAUACGAGCUGCUCUCAGACGCUCUGAGGAGGCUCAGGGUGCUGCGCAGCUGGAGGGAGUGCCAGGCCCAGUGCAGGAGUCUAGGACUGCACUGCACCAACACCAAAGAGGAGGACCCAGGGCUAGACUACAACCCAGAGAGGCACAGGAUGGGCCCCACAGCAGUGAAGGAGGACUGGGAAGACGAGCACGGAGGGGGCAACACCAGAGGAAUGUUCCAGUCACCAAUGCAGGAAGGAAUGAAGGUUAUUGUCCAUCGUGCACUGUCCUACAAUGCUGGCACCGCUGAAGAAGGUGGUCGUCACUGGUCGGAUGAUGAGGUGAGAGCGCUCCUGUGUGUUUGGGCAGACAAGAACAUCCGGGAGCGCCUAAAAUGUACACUACGCAACAAGACCAUCUUCCAGGAGAUGUCCCGUCUGAUGGAGAAAAACUUUGGGAUCGUACGCAAUUGGAAGCAGUGCCGCACCAAAUACAAGAACCUGAAGUAUGACUACAAAACUGUGAAGACAACUCUUGAUGCAGGUGGCAGCAGCAGUGUAGCGGGACCCAACAAGUACAUGAAGUUUUUUGAGGAAGUGGAGGCCAUAAUGCUGGAUCAUGGGCUAGAGAGGGGGUCCCUGGACAUGCAGAAGAGAGUGUUUGAUGGAGAAAUGGCAACAUUAAAUACAACAGGCCCUGAAAAUGAGACGGUCAUUGAAAUAGAUGAUGAUGACAACAGCGAUGAGUAUGAUGGUGAUGGAGAAGUGGACACUGGAAACUGGAAAGGAACAGAUGCAUCAAGCUCUGACCAAAUCCAGGUGGUGACCAUUUCAGACACGGGUCGUAACUGGAGUGACCAGGAAGUGAGAGCUCUCAUUCAGGUUUGGUCUGAUGAGCGCGUUCGAACACAACUGGAAAGCUCCACCAGAAAGAGGGACAUUUUUAUCCAAAUCUCAAACUUACUGAUGCAGCAGGGCAUUGAGCGUGACUGGAAACAAUGCCAUACAAAGUACAAGAACCUCAAGUACCUGUACAGGUCCCUACAGAGGAGCAGGACAGAGAAGUCAGACCCAAGACACCUAAUGCGUUUCUAUGAGGAGUUAGACGCCAUUAUGAAUCGUCCCAAAAAUAACAAUAUCAGCAGCUCACCACAAGAUACUACGUCGCACAUGGACUAUAACCUGGACACUGCACAGAUCCCCACAUUGGACAAUGAUGACCACACAGAUGCAUAUUUACCAGAUGUUAAUAAUGUCACAUCUAUUGCAGCGCAAACAGGAAGCACCUCUGAAUCUGGGCUCUCCAUGAGCUUUGAACUUACACCCAACACUCAAGAGGAGGGGACACACACAAACAGAGAAAACUGCAAGGAUAAACAAACUAAUCACACUGUGCAAUUGGAGAAAAGACCAGAAAGAAUAAAUGUCCCUUCAACAAACCGCGGACAAAAAAGGAAAGCAGAGGAGCAAGCGCCCACAGCCCAAUCCAUAACAGGAAAACGUAUUAACACAGGAGUCAGCACUGUCCAGAGGGUGGAUUCUUGCAAAGAAGAGCAAGUGCACUUUCCCAUUAUAAAAAUCAAUUCAGUUCAUUCAAUGGCUUCUUCUGAUACAUCCCAAGACACCCAGGAUCUCGGACUCUUUCAGACGACAAUGGCAUCCACACUAGAGAUAAAAGUUGGCCAAAAGUUGAACGAAGGCAAGACGAAGCAGAUCUUUGAGCUCGUGGAUCAGCCCGGGCAGGUCCUGGUCCAGUCCAAGGACCAAAUCACGGCUGGGAAUGCUGUGAGGAAGGAUCAGAUGGAGGGGAAGGCUGCCAUCGCCAAUAAAACCACGAGCUGCGUGUUUAAGCUGCUGCAGGAAUCUGGUGUUAAAACGGCCUUUGUAAAACAGCACUCGGACACAGCUUUCAUUGCAGCCCAUUGUGAAAUGAUUCCUAUUGAGUGGGUCUGUCGUCGUAUAGCAACAGGUUCUUUCCUCAAAAGAAAUCCAGGAGUCAAGGAGGGUUACCGCUUUUCUCCUCUCAAGAUGGAGAUGUUCUUCAAGGACGAUGCCAACAAUGAUCCCCAGUGGUCAGAGGAGCAGAUUCUUGCAGCCAACUUCAACCUGGCAGGACUCUCGAUCGGCAAAUGUGAGGUGGAUAUUAUGAGUCGCAGCACUGUGGCCAUUUUUGAGAUUCUGGAGAGAGCCUGGGCCACUCAGGACUGCACUCUGGUCGAUAUGAAGAUUGAGUUUGGUGUGAAUGUAAAAACUCAAGAGAUUGUCCUGGCUGAUGUGAUUGACAAUGAUUCCUGGAGGUUGUGGCCGUCCGGUGAUCGAAGCCAACAAAAGGACAAGCAGGUAUAUCGAGAUCUUAAAGAGGUCACACCUGAAGCAAUGCAAAUGGUGAAGAGAAACUUUGAGUGGGUUGCAGAGAGAGUGCAGCUUCUGCACGAGUCCCAAACUAAUGGCCGAGUAGUUGUUUUGAUGGGCUCCACCUCGGACAUGGCUCACUGUGAAAAGAUCAAAAAGGCCUGCACUUCCUAUGGCAUUCCCUGUAUUUUGAGAGUGACCUCUGCACAUAAGGGCCCAGAUGAGACGCUUCGCAUUAAGGCUGAAUAUGAAGGUGAUGGCGUGCCCACUGUGUUUGUGGCUGUAGCGGGUAGAAGUAACGGUCUUGGUCCAGUCAUGUCCGGAAACACAGUUUACCCAGUGAUCAACUGUCCUCCUCUCACUCCAGACUGGGGAGCGCAAGAUGUGUGGUCGUCUCUCCGCAUGCCAAGUGGUCUUGGCUGCUCCACCAUCCUUUCUCCUGAUGCUUCAGCCCAGUUUGCUGCACAGAUCUUCGGAUUGACCAAUCACCUGGUGUGGUGCAAACUCAGGGCAUCCAUGCUCAACACCUGGGUCUCUCUAAAGCUGGCUGACAAAAAACUCCAAGCCUGUAGUAUCUGAGUGUUAUAAGCUCUAUUUCCUCUUUUCACUGUCUUUAGUUACUUUUGCCAACUAACUACUUAUUUUUUCCAUACUUUUUAAUUGUUGCAUUACAUUAAAACAAUAGAUCUCUUAG